GCAGCACCUGCCCCCCAGCGGAGUCCGGACACUGGUUCACUUCCAGUCCGAGCCGGCAGCCCCUCCCUCUAUGUUGCCCACCCGCUGCUUCUUCUGAUUGUGCUGUCUUCACCAUGCUUCACAACGGCAACGACUCUGCCCCGUUAUCGCCCGCUAAGUUGAGUAAAGCAGCGGGAGCCGGAGCCCCAAGCCUCCUCAACCACCCACCGUCCCGGCCCGAGAUCAGGAAGAAUGCCAUCACUGAUGAUUACCGCGUGUCCACUAACGUCCUGGGGCUGGGAGUCAAUGGAAAAGUGCUGGAGUGUAUCCACAAGAAAACGGGAGAGAAAUGCGCCCUGAAGAUUCUGUAUGAUAGUCCAAAGGCACGACGUGAAAUUGAUAUGCAUUGGAGGGCCUCCAGCACCCUCCACAUUGUCCAAAUCCUUAAUGUCUAUGAAAACAUGCACCAUGGAAAGCGCUGCCUUCUGAUAGUGAUGGAAUGUAUGGAAGGAGGUGAAUUGUUCAGCAGGAUCCAUGAUCGAGGUGAUCAAGCAUUUACCGAGAGGGAGGCCUCUGAAAUAAUGAGAGAUAUUGGGAGUGCUAUUCAGUACCUCCAUGCAAUGAACAUUGCUCACAGGGAUGUUAAGCCAGAAAAUCUGUUGUAUACGUCGAAAGAUGUGAAUGCGAUCCUCAAGCUCACAGAUUUUGGAUUUGCUAAAGAAACAACACUUCACAACUCUCUAGCAACACCGUGCUACACGCCAUAUUAUGUUGCUCCAGAGGUUCUGGGUCCUGAGAAAUAUGACAAGUCGUGUGAUAUGUGGUCCCUGGGAGUGAUCAUGUACAUUCUGCUGUGUGGGUAUCCUCCAUUCUACUCCAACCAUGGCCUGGCCAUCUCUCCUGGAAUGAAGAAGAGGAUUCGAAUGGGACAGUAUGAGUUUCCAAACCCAGAGUGGUCUGAAGUCUCCGAGGAGGCGAAAGAUCUGAUCCGGCAAGUGCUGAAGACCGAUCCCACCGAGCGAAUGACGAUCACUGAGUUUAUGAACCAUCCUUGGAUUAACCAAUCGAUGGUGGUUCCUCAGACUCCACUCCAUACAAGUCGAGUGCUCCAAGAAGAGAAGGAUAUGUGGGAGGAGGUGAAGGAUGAAUUGACAAGUGCACUUGCCACAAUGCGUGUUGACUAUGAUCAGGUGACGAUUAAGGACUUGGACAAAACCAGUAACCCCCUUUUGAACAAGAGACGGAAGAAGCAGACUUCAUCAGCACGGUCCUCGUCAGCAAUCUGCAGCAAUCAGUGAAGAGAGGACCAAACAACAACAGAACUGGGGAUGUUUUUGAACACAUGGCAAGAAACCAGAGGUUUUUAAAACCCCUGUAUUGCCAGAAUUCAGCCUGAAUGAAGGCUGGAGGUUCUCUGAAAAACAGAGUGUGGUUUCUACUGUCAUUGACAACAGAACUAGAAGAGCGAAGGCAGCUCCCUUGCAUGCUGCUAUCCCCAGGGACCCAGUCCUCCUCCUCUUUGUACUGUUGUGUUACUUCUUUUUAAUUGUGAACUGUUUUAAUUCGGCUCAAACUUUGCAUUGACAUUGAUGAAAGAAUGACAAAGAAGGAGAAGGCAAGCAGUGAAGAUGUAAUUUAGUUGUGAGGCCUCACUUGGGUGAUAGGUAUGUGCAUUCUACAUGGAAUUUGGGGUACUUCUUUAAAGCAUCAAUGGUCGUAAUGCCAUCUGCGAUCAGUAGCUACUUCUAGAAUGUAAAAUAAAUGGCUAGACAACAAGCGGGGACACCUACCUUUCACUGACUCAGUCCAUCCUGCUGGAACCGCAAGAUAAACUCUAGGCAUUGAAUGACAUAUCCGUAAAGUACAGGUGAUCAGUUCCUUUCACAGUGUGGCAGCCUAGACUCUAGUCUGUUGAAUAGACACUGGCACCGGGUAUCAGAAUGCCAGCUGUACAGAAUGUCUAACCCAAGAGAGUCAGUGUCCUCAGGACAGGAGGGCGAGAAAAGAAUUCAUGUGGAACAUUGAGGUUUGGAGUCGAAAGCGAAGGUGCAGCUAAGGUAAGUGGUUAAACCCGUAGGUUAAAGAGCAGUGCUCAACAUUUUUUGCUGAAAGACUAAAUGAUAGGAAUGCGUGAAUUAUUUUUGUGAAUAGCUUUACCUUUGAUAUCAAAACAUUUUCAAAGUUGCAGGUUUUUGUGCAUUUGGCAGGCAAAAUGUUUUAUUUUGUAAUUAAGGUUCUUAAUUCUAAUAACUCGGCGCCAAAGAAAGACAUGCAUUUUUUUAGCACCUUUUAUGACCACUGUUCAUCCCAAAGCAUUUGACAGCCAGUGAAGUGUUUUUGAAUUGUAGUAGCCAUUUAGGAAAUGUGUCAACUGUUGAUUCAAGGGAUUGUGGAGGGCGUGUAUCCUAAUUCCAUGAAUGUGCCCUUGCCCAGUAUUCCUCAAUAUUAUUUAGUUCACAGAAACCUAUCAAUCUCAGAUUUAACAUUAUCAACUGAUCCAGCAUCAAAAACCAUUUCAGAAGAGAGUUCCAAGUUUCUAUCACUCUUCUUGCAUGGAGAGUACUCAUUGCCGAUUGGUAAUUUUUAGACAGAUCCCAGUCAUUUCUUUAGCCAUUCAUACCCUUUAAUAUAUUGAAACUUUCUAACAAGUCAUAGAGAUGUACAGCAUGGAGACAGAACCUUUGGUCCAACCCGUCCAUGCCAAUCAGAUAUCCCAACCCAAUCUAGUCCCACCUGCCAGCACCUGGCCCAUAAAUGAUGCAAUUGUACCAGCCUCCACCACUUCCUCUGGCAGCUCAUUCCAUACACGUACCACCCUUUGUGUGAAAAAGUUGCCCCUUAGGUCUCUUUUAUAUCUUUUCCCCCCUCCCCCUAAACCUAUGCCGUCUCGUUCUGGACUCCCUGACCCCAGGGAAAAGACUUUGCCUAUUUACCCUAUCCAUGCCCCUCAUAAUUUUGUAAACCUCUAUAAGGUCACCCCUCAACCUCUCCCUAUAGCUCAAAUCCUCCAACCCUGGCAACAUCCUUGUAAAUAUUUUCUGAACCCUUUCAUGUUUCAUAGCAUCUUUCCAACAGGAAGGAGACUAGAACUGCACACAAUAUUCCAACAGUGGCCUAACCAGUUUCACCUGGGAAUACAGCCCAAGUUUGUGUUUUCUUUGCUCAAUAUAAUAUUUGGAUUUGAGGUAUUAUUCUGUUAAUUUCCAAAACUGAUGUAUUCUUUUAAACAUUUAGUGUCCAGUAUUGCUCUAUUCAGAGUGUGGUCUACCUAGGGCUUUGCAUAUAUGAACAGGAAUUAAACUCCUUGUAUUCUAGUUUGCCAGAUAUCAAGUCCAGCAUUCCAGUUAGUCGUCUCGAUCAUUUUCAUAGAUUUUAGUGUCCUGUAUACCUCUGGACUUCCCAAGUCCCCUAUUUCCUCCAUUGUUUCUAGCUUUUCAUUAUGUAGGAAGUAUCCCUUCCAUUCUUUUGGGUCUGAUGGUGCCUGGGAGCACUGACUGGAGUUGGAGUGCUCACAUGGGAGUAAAAAAUGAGGUCUGCAGAUGCUGGAGAUCACAGCUGCAAAUGUGUUGCUGGUCAAAGCACAGCAGGCCAGGCAGCAUCUCAGGAAUAGAGAAUUCGACGUUUCGAACAUAAGCCCUUCAUCAGGAAUUUGGUGGAGGAGGUGAAAGAAGUGUUUCUCUUGAUUUUAUUUUUCACCCUGUAGCAGCUGGAGUUUUCAAGGCUUUAAUUCAGUGAUUAGUCAGGAAAAGGCAAUUAGAGGCAUUGUAUCGGAAUAUGAGUUUUGUAACAGGAUGGCUGAAUUGACGACUCAAAUAGAAAUAAAUGAGUAUGAGUUUAAUGGCUGCGAGGUUAUGCUUCAGCUCUAUAAAAUCCUGGUUAGACCACACUUGGAAUAUUGUGUUCAAUUUUGGUCGCCUCAUUAUAGGAAGGAUGUGGAAACUUUAGAGAGGAUGCAGAGGAGACUUACCAGGAUGCUGCCUCGACUGAAGGGAAUAUCUUAUGAAGAAAGGUGGAGAGCAAUAUGGCUUUAGAGAAAAUGUUAGAGGUAUGUUCUUUACACAGAGUAGUGGGUGCACGGAAUGCACUGCCAGUGGUGGUAGAUACAUUAGAGUUUUUAAGUGACUCUGCUAGGCACAUGGAUAAGAGUGAAAUGGGGGGUAUGUAGGUUAGUUUGAUCUGAGAGUAGGAAAAAAGGCUGGCACAACAUCAAAGGCCAAUGGGCCUGUACUGUGCUGCUUUGUUCUGUGUGAUAGCUAUUACAAAGAUAUGGUUGCAAACUGACCUAGACUGGAAAUAUUGAAAAGGAUUUGAUAUUUCAGAAGUAUAGGAAAAAGGAAAUGAUUGUGGUGUGCCUUUGGUUCAGAGGAUCAAAAUUAGGACUCAAUUUGGCUCGAGAUAAGACAUAGAAAAAUAAAGAGGUUACUCGAGGGAGUGCACUGUAGGAUGGAGUAUAAAGCAAGGAAUAAAUGGAGCUCUAAGAAUUAUACUGCCAUAAUCGUGGGAGAUUUUAAUCAUCAUGUAGAUUAGGGAAAUCAGAUUGGCCAAGAAGAUGAGAAUAUAUGUUCUGGCACAAGCUAAAAAUAGCCUGUUUUAGAACUGAUCAUGUGUAAUGAGAUGGGAUGGGAAUUACUUUUUUUAAUAAAGGAUCCUGUAGGGAAGAGUGAUCACAACAUGAUAGAAUUUCAUAUUUAGUCACAAAUAAGAAAUUUGGGUUGAAAUUUAUGUCUUAAAUUUGAAUGAAGUUGAUUACAAAGAGAAGAGGAAGAAGCUAGGACAAUGAGUAAACUGGCAAGGAAAAUGGAAAAAGUAAAAUGUCUCAAAAUAUAUAAAGGAUGAUAGUAGCUAAAGUAAGUAUUGAUGCCUUAGGCAAGUCAAACAAGUUAAUAGGAAACCAGGACAUAGCAGAGGUUUUAAACAGGUAGUUUCUAUCCUGUAAGGAAAUGGAAGAAUUCCAAGUAGAAAAGCAAGAGACAAAAGGAUCACUGGAACUUGAAACAAAGUUUCAAAACAGGAAAACCAACGGGGGAUGAAAAGCAGUCCUGAACCCACUGGCCUGCAUCCUGGGUGACUAGGGGAAAGUGAGGAUUGUAGACGCUGGAGAUCAAAGUCAAAAGAUGUGGUGGUGGAAAAGCACAGCAGGUCAGGCAGCAUCUGAGGAGCAGGAGAAUCGACGUUUUGGGAAUAAGCCCACAUUCCUGAUGAAGUGCCACACUUUUCGACUCUGCAUCUUAUUGAAACACAUAUAAUUGAAGGGGCUUGACAGGGUAAGUGCUGUCAGAAUUCCUCCUGAGUAAUCAAGCUAUGGCACACAGUUUCAAAAUAAGCAGCCUUCCACUGAAGAUAGAGGCAGAAGAGGUAUUCUUCCUUUGAAAAUCUUUCACAGUGAGAAGUGGAGAUUGGACCAUUGACUAUAUUCAAGGCUGGAUGAGACAGGUUUUGAUGUAUAAGGAGUUUGAGGGUAUAAACUAGAAUUAAGGCCACGAUUGGGUCAGUUAUGAUAUUAUCAAAGAGUGGAGCAGAUGUAGUAGGCGUAUACUGCACCUAUUUUUGUUUGCUCAUUUUCAUUAUCUGCCAAUAUCUCUUUGUAUCUUGAUGUUUCUGUUCCUAGCUAUACUGCUUGCAAUAUUACCUACCUUAGCUUCAUUGGGCAGUUUCGAUCUGAGACUUUUUAUUCCAUCAUUAGUAAAGAUGGUGAAUAAUUGAGGCUCAAAUAAAAUUCCUGGGUGCUUUGGCAUAUCCCUUCUGUCUCCAGCUGCUCAAUCAAUUUCCUAAACAAGUCAAUAAUUUCCCUUCAUUUCUGAGAGCUUCAACUUUAGCGAACUGUUUCCUCUGAGGGACUUGCCUUUUGAGAGUUACAGAUAAUCCCCUGUUCAUUAUUUUAACUACUACUUUAAAGAUGAUGGGUAUGUUGAAAACUAUUUUGUUCAGUAGUUAUAGUGAGAAAGAGAUCAGUGUGCUGGACAUCCCAAGCAAACUACUGGCAAUUGAACCAGGUUCAGUUGGCGUGGCUUACCUUUUUACAAAUCCAUAUUGUCUGUCUCUGACAGGUUGAAAAUUUCAAGGACUUCAGUCACCUUAUCUUUCUUUAGUUGUGGACUCUCAAUCAUUCCCCAGAAGAUGCUAAUCUAACUGGUUUGUAAAAUCCACGCAAUUCCUCUCAUUUUUCUGAGAAUCAUAUGCAUAAUUUAUGAUCAAGAGGAUUUUGGAAGAUUGUUAGCAGCAUUGGCAAUGGUCUCACCACCAUUCUUUAAAUCUCUGGGAUGUAAAUCAUUAGCUAUUUAGUCCCACUUAUCAUUUAAUAUUAUAUUGUUCACAUUAAGUUUGAGUUCCUAUCCCAAAUUCAAUAUUAUCUUUCUGGGGGAUACCCAGCAGAUAGAUCUCUUCCUCUAAAUACUCAUGCAAGGUAAUAGUUUGACAUUUCAAAUAUGUUAAACAAUCUGCUGUAAGUUUUUUCCAAGUUUAUGAUGCUCUGAACCAUCCUUUCUUCCUUAACACAAUUGUAAAAUUUUUUUUUACUAAUGGAUUUCCUUCGCCAGUUUCUUCUCCUACUCAAAAUCUGUUUGUCACCUUUGUUUUUAUAUCUGGUCUAUUGGUCAGGAUUUGUACUACUUUUGAUGCAUUUUCUCAGACUAUGUUGUCGUUCUUUAGUCAUCAAUGGCCUUAUUCUUGAGCAGUAGCACACUUGUACCUUUAGGGAUAUAAAUAUAUUCUGUUUG